CCAAAACUGAAUGGAUCCCGCGGAAUAGAAAUGCACCGAUAAAUACCAGAUUUUGUAACUUUUUUAGCAUGAGUGGAAUCUUAUAAAGUGACAGGAUGGUGCUACAGAACAGUGGAAAAUAUAGAGCUGACAAAGACUCAUCAGGACCGAGACCUGACGAUUCCUCUGAAGCGCAACUUCAGAGGGCGAUAAUCAACGAUGAGUUGGACGCACGGUUUGGUUUUGAUCGUUACAAAGAUCCCGCAGAAAGAGUGGGAUGGCUCAUCAAUAUGCACCCAGCUGACAUUCUAGAUGAGAACAAGAAGCUGAUCAGCGCAGUGGAUUACUACUUCAUUCAAGAUGAUGGUGCAAAAUACAAGGUUUCCUUACCCUUCAAACCGUACUUUUAUGUGGCAACUAAAGAAGGCACAGAACGAGAGGUUUCAUCAUUUCUGUCCAGGCGAUUUACAGGGACAAUAGCGUCCAUAGAAACUGUCGCAAAGGAAGAUCUUGAUUUGCCCAAUCACUUAGUGGGUCUAAAGAGGAAGUACAUGAAGCUUUUGUUCGCCAGCACCAACGAUCUCAUGAAAGUCCGACGGAGUCUAAUGCCGGCUGUCAAGAAGAAUCAAGAACGGGAGAAGAACAGCGAUUCUUACAGCUCCAUGCUCUCAAGCCAUCUGAUGGGAGGAGACGACGGCUCGAUGACUCAUCAGAAGAAACUUGCCGAUCAGAUGGAUAACCUCAUUGAUAUACGAGAAUAUGACGUCCCGUAUCAUGUCCGCGUUGCCAUCGACAGAAAGAUACAUGUGGGUCACUGGUACUCGGUACAGGGGCGUGGUUCAAUGGCGCCCAUCAUUACUCAACGAGAUGAUUUACUUGAAAGACCGGAUCCUGUUGUGUUGGCAUUUGACAUCGAGACAACAAAGCUGCCGUUAAAAUUCCCAGACGCGGAGAUUGACUCUAUCAUGAUGAUCUCGUACAUGAUUGACGCUCAGGGAUUCCUGAUCACAAACCGUGAAGUCGUCUCGGACGACGUGGAGGACUUCGAGUACACCCCUAAGCCCGAGUAUGAAGGACCGUUCACUGUCUUCAACGAAGCGGAUGAGGCUAGUCUACUCCAGCGAUUCAUGGAUCAUGUUCUGGAGGUCAAGCCUAACAUCAUGGUGACUUACAACGGAGACUGCUUUGAUUGGCCGUUUGUCGAAGCUCGCUGUAAAUUUCACAACAUCGAUAUGUUCCGUGAGAUUGGAUUCCAGAAGGACUCUCAGGGCGAAUAUAAAUCUCGACAUUGCAUUCAUAUGGAUGCAUACAGAUGGGUGAAACGUGACAGCUACCUCCCAGUCGGUAGUCAGAACCUAAAAGCUGCAACCAAAGCAAAACUACGCUAUGACCCCGUGGAACUAGACCCGGAGGAAAUGUGUCGCAUGGCGUCAGAGCAACCGGACGUCCUCGCUAACUAUUCCGUGUCGGACGCUGUGGCUACUUACUACCUGUACAUGAAAUAUGUUCAUCCGUUUAUCUUUGCGUUGUGUACGAUCAUCCCCAUGGAACCGGACGAAGUCCUACGUAAAGGCUCCGGCACCUUAUGUGAAGCUCUCCUCAUGGUGCAAGCCUUCCACGCUAACAUCGUCUUCCCAAACAAACAAGAAACUGUUUAUAACAAGUUGACAAAGGAUGGCCACCUCUUGGAUACGGAGACGUAUGUAGGGGGUCACGUUGAGGCUCUAGAGUCUGGGGUGUUCCGAAGUGAUCUCCCUUGCAGAUUCAGAAUGGUGCCUGAGGCUUUCCAGACGCUGAUGGAGAAUGUUGAACGGACGAUGCAGCAUGCCAUUAAAGAAGAAGAGAAGGUACCUCUGGAGACUGUCACUAACUUUGAUGAGGUAUGUGCAGACAUCAAGGAGAAGUUAGCCGCUCUGCGAGACACACCGGCUAGAUUGGAGAACCCCUGUAUAUAUCACUUGGACGUCGGCGCUAUGUAUCCUAACAUUAUUCUCACCAACAGACUGCAGCCUUCCGCUAUGGUGAACGAGGUCACAUGUGCAGGCUGUGAUUUUAAUAAGCCAGGAGCUCGUUGCCAACGCAAGUUACCGUGGAUGUGGAGGGGAGAUUUCCUACCAGCAACCCGAGGUGAGUACCAGCGUAUUAAGCAGCAGCUUGAGAUGGAGAGAAUUCCUCCAGUGAAUCCUGGCGAGCCUCCGAGAGUCUUCCACGAAAUACCGAGAGAAGAACAAGCGGCAAUGGAGAAGAAACGACUAUCAGAUUAUUGUCGGAAGGCGUACAAAAAGACAAAAGUUACUCGGACCGAAGAGAGAACUACGACAACUUGCCAAAGGGAGAACUCUUUCUACGUCGACACCGUCAGAGCUUUCCGAGACAGACGCUACGAAUUCAAAGGGUUACUUAAGGUUUGGAAGAGGAAAGUUGCAGCAGCUAUAGAGAAAGGCGACGCAGCGGAAAUCAAGAGCGCUAAGAACACAGAGAUUUUAUACGACUCUCUACAACUUGCUCAUAAAUGUAUCCUGAACUCGUUCUAUGGCUACGUCAUGAGAAAAGGCGCUCGUUGGUACUCCAUGGAGAUGGCAGGCAUUGUAUGUUACACAGGAGCGAGUAUUAUUACAAGAGCUCGGGAGAUCGUCGAGCAGAUUGGUCGGCCAUUAGAGUUGGACACUGAUGGCAUCUGGUGCGUUCUACCAGCGAGCUUUCCUGAGAAUUACACCAUCAAAACAACCAACCCUAAGAAACCUAAAGUCACUAUCUCCUACCCAGGUGCAAUGCUUAAUAUCAUGGUUAAGGAUUUCUACACCAAUGACCAGUACCAGGAGUUGGUUGAUCCAGGGAAUCUUACCUACUCAGAGCGGAAUGAAAACUCAAUCUUCUUUGAAGUUGACGGUCCAUACCUCGCAAUGAUCCUACCAGCCUCUAAGGAGGAAGGCAAGAAGCUGAAGAAAAGGUAUGCCGUGUUCAACCAUGACGGUUCCCUGGCUGAGUUGAAGGGUUUUGAAGUGAAGCGAAACGGUGAGCUCCAAUUGAUCAAGAUCUUCCAGGCUUCAGUGUUUGAAGCCUUCCUUAAAGGUACCACGCUAGACGAGUGUUACGCCGCUGUCGCCAAGAUUGCAGACUACUGGCUGGACGUGCUGUAUAGCAGGGCUGCAAACUUGCCUGACUCUGAGCUGUUUUUCCUCGUGUCGGAGAAUCGCAGCAUGUCUCGGAAACUGGAGGAGUACGGAGCGCAGAAAUCCACGUCCAUCCGUACCGCUAAGAGACUAGCUGAGUUCCUUGGUGACCAGAUGGUGAAGGACAAGGGAUUGGCUUGUAAGUUUAUCAUCUCUAAGAAACCAGAAGGAGCUCCGGUGACAGAGAGGGCAAUCCCGCUGGCUAUCUUCCAGUCCGAGCCUAGCGUUAUGAAACACUACCUGAAGAAAUGGCUGAAAGAUCCUCUUCGGACCAACUACGACAUCAGAGGGAUUCUCGACUGGGAAUACUACAUUGAACGCUUCAGUAGCUGCAUACAAAAGAUUAUCACCAUACCAGCUGCUCUACAACAGGUAGCCAAUCCCGUACCCAGAGUCCGACAUCCUGAGUGGCUCCAUAAGAAACUACUCGAGAAGAAUGACGUCUUCAAGCAGAAGAAAAUCAGUGAGAUGUUUGCUCCUCUUCAGAAGAAACAGGUUGACGAUGAGGAAGAAGCUCCUACCAACCCUGCCCCUGUCCCCGCCCCGAUUGGAGACUUGGAAGACUAUGGACAAAGUGGACCCAGUGGACCGAAACGUCCGAUGGUUACCAAGAGGAAGAGGGGGCGUGGCACCAUGGAGGGGGAGAACCAGGGGGGCAGGUCGAUGGCGGAGAUCGAGGAGGAGGAGAUGACCAAGUCAUGGCAAGAAUUGCUGGGUCCGCAACCCACGAUGGGAGAUACAAAGGAAGCAAUGCAAGACUGGCUUGCCUACCAUAAGAAGAAAUGGGCCCACCAAGCGCGGCAGAGAGCCGAACGUCACAAGCGCCGUCGCGUUGACACUGACGACUUCUCCCGCAGUGGGGCCAUCCGAGUUGGACCUUCAAAUAGUCUCGGGCAGUUCCUGCGACAAACAGCGAGGUCCUUGUUGGAUAUGCCCUGGCAGAUUAUUCAGAUUGCAGAGACCGGCCAUCCUGGUUUGUACAGGCUGUGGUCAUUAAUCGGUAAUGAUCUUCACUGCAUAAAGCUGCUGGUACCCCGCAUCUUCUAUGUCAACCAAAGACAACCCAAAGAGUCGAAUGAAGGACCAAUGUGGCGUAAAGUAAAUCGAGCCCUCCCUCGUUCCAACCCGUCUCUAAAUCUUUAUGAGUAUGUCGUACCAGAAGACAUCUUCCAGGAACACUCCAAUGAAUUGAAUGCAGACCUGUCAGCCCCUGAGAUAGAGGGUGUGUACGAGACUCAAGUCCCAUUGGAGUUUAGAGCCUUGAUCAAGCUGGGCUGUAUCUGUAUGGUCAAUAAAGAUAACGCUAGAUUCCUCGCUGGAAAGGAGUUGGAGACCUUUGACCUAGGUCAACUAGAGUUUAAGACAUUAGCCCAGUUUUCAUAUCUACAGCCGGGGAGCCUGCGCAGAAUUUACCUUUAUCACAAUGUGACAGGAUCGAAGGCCAUGUUUGGUUUAUUUUUCUCCAACUCUCCCAAAGCGGUGGUCUUUGCAGCCGACACCGUACGCACCAACCAGAUGCCAAAUCUCACCUCGAUGUAUCAAACAGAACGACAGGCAAAGAUUGCCAGAGGAACCGAAGAGGAAAUAUUGCCACCAGAUUCUCACACCUUUGAAGUACAGGUGGAAAAAGACAUGACAAAGGUGUAUAAAGCAAUUAACCGUCUACUGUCUACAUACAAAGACGAGAGAAAAGGUCCAACAUUCAUCGCUCUGCAGUCACCCAUGGGUAACACUGAGCUGACCAAACACAUUCCGAUCCUUGGUGACUUCCCGGUAGUACGUCUACAUGUAAAUGAAAGUGAGAAUCUGUACAGUGUUCUGGAUUGGCAGAGACAGGGUUCCAGACGGCUCCUUCAACACUAUCUCAAUGUGGAUUACCUCCUACUGAGCUACCUUGAGCAGAGUCGGUAUUUCCACAUCCCAGUUGGGAACCUUCCGGAAGACACAGGAAUCUUUGGUGCUGACUUAUUCUACGCGAGGCAUCUUCAGAAGCACAGCCAUGUAAUGUGGGUAUCACCGACGGAGAGACCGGACUUGGGAGGGAGAGAAGCCGAUGAUAGCAGGUUGGUAACCGAGUUUGAAGAGAGUUCUAGCAUUGACGUGAACCAGUCGGGAUGCUUCCGUACAAUCUGCGUCGAGUUGGAUAUGGCUAGCCUCGCUGUCAACACUCUGCUUCAGUCUCACCACAUCAGCGAGAUGGAGGGAAGUGCAGGGAGUAUUGCGUUUGACGCCACACCCCAGAUUUCACUUGAAGAUAUGGUAACAGGGAAUGCUGGUACAGCUACGUUGUUGUCAAGCUACGAUGAAACCGCUCUCUGCUCCGUUGCGUUCAGAAUUAUGAAGAGCAUGGUUCACGGCUGGCUGCGUGAUGUCACAACAUACAGCAAUGUCUUUGCUGAUCAUCAGAUCGUUCAUUUUUAUCGAUGGUUACGUUCCCCGUCCUCCCUACUCUACGACCCCGCUCUAAGACGUACCCUCCACAACCUCAUGAAAAAGAUGUUCAUGCUCCUUAUCGCGGAGUUCAAACGCCUCGGUGCGACCAUCGUCCACGCCAACUUCAACAGCGUGCUCCUCUGCACGAAGAAGCGUCGUGUGAUUGAUGGUGUGGCGUAUGUAGAUUAUAUCACCAACACAAUAAAGUCGCGGGAUCUGUUCCAUGGGGUGGAUCUUGCGUAUAAGCAAUGCUGGGAACUCUUAUUGUGGCUGGACCCGACUAAUCACGGCGGUGUCAAAGGUCGACUCCCAAAGUCCAUAUUGAAUGAGGAGUCACAUGACCCAGAGGGUGAGGAUGAAUCUGAGAGUUUGACUCCGAAUGGAGAAGAUGAGAAUGAGGAGGUUGAGAUGAACUGGAAUGUCAUGAAUUAUUUGCCGACAGCCGCAGCGUGUCAGAACAAUUUCAAUAUGAUAAUCGCAGGGUACAUCCUUGCCAUCUAUCGCAACGCCCAGGAGGAGCAGCGACAUGCCACGCCCGGAGCCACACCCAUCCGUCGCCGUGGCAACACUCAAGAAUCACAGAUGGUUCCAGACGAGACGACAACGCCCCGUGCCGUGACCUACGCACAGGGUCUGAUCGACGGGGAACUGUCGCAGCGUCUGUUUUCAAUUACGCAGAAAAUCCAAAAGAAAGUGUCUGGAAAUCGAAGCUCUGGUUUAGACUCCUCGUCAGACUUUCCUCAGCUUCCAGGAUCUUAUCUUCUGCUAAACAACCCAGCCCUGGAGUUUGUUAAGGCUGUCUGUAAGAUUUUAUUGCUUGACUCGGACGUUCACAACCAGGUGAAUCGGCUCCAGCGUAAUCUCCUUCGGCUGAUCGGCACGGGGGAGUUCUCAGACGAGGCCCAGUGGCGUGACCCGUGCUUGUCCUACAUCCUACCUGAGGUCAUAUGUCGAGUCUGCAAUCACUGCCGAGACCUUGACCUCUGCCGCGAUCCAUUGCUUAUCCAGGAUGGCAAUUCUGUCGCCUUAUGGCAAUGUGUUCAGUGCAAUACAGAUUACGAUGUCGUUACCAUAGAGCAGUCAUUAAUUGAAGCAGUUCAAAGGUCAUCGAUGGCGUACACGCUUCAAGAUGUUAUCUGCCCAAAAUGCCAACAGAUCAAGAUGCCCAAUAUGUCAACGUACUGUGAGUGCGCUGGUAACUUUGUGACUACGUUAACUGGGACAAGUUUCAUCAACAAGAUGAAGACGUUUAGCAACAUAGCAAGACAUUACAAGAUGCCUCUCCUCCAACAUACAGUCGAUUGGGUCAUUCAGAUGAAUCCAGUUUCAGCUUGCUAGAGCAUCUGAAAGAAUCCACUGCCAUCAGAGGGGGUCUAGGUGCGACCCCGACCCCUACAAACCCUGUGGUUAAUGAGUGUCUGGAACACCCCCCCCCCUCCUGACAGUAGACUGGGUCAUUCAGAUUAGUCCUAUCUCAGCUUGUUAGAACAUCUGGAAUAAUCUACUGCCAUAACAGGGGGGACUGGUUGCUACCCGUGACCCUUCAAACUCCUUGGCAAAUGAGUCUCUGUUGCCCCUUCCCCCCCCCUCCCAGACAGUAGACUGGGCCAUUCAGAUGAAUCCAGCCUCAGCUUGUUAGAACAUCUAAAAGAAUCUACUGCCAUCACAGGGGGACUAGGUGCUACCCCAGUUGAGAUAAAUGGAACAGUCCAGUCUAGGAUAACAGUAGCUUUGGUGAAUGAGUCUCUUGAAGACCUCCACUGAUGUGUUUUCUUCUUCUUGAAACAAGGACAAUCUUUAAGAGCAUUAUCACUUAAUACAAACAAGUUUUCUUACCUGGAGGAGAAUGGUAAAGCCCAAAGUCUGAGAAUUUCUUACCUAAAAGGAAAUGGAACAGUCCUAAAUUUCAAUAUUGUUUCAAAUGUACUGUUCAGAUUUUCUCUGAGGUAGUACAGGAUUGGUAGAGCUGACAAAAUAGUGGCAGACAGUAUUCAUGCUUUGUGUGAGAGAAAAUAGUGAAAAACCAUGCAUAAUGUUCAGCAUUCUUACCUUGUAUCUUUAAAGACACUGGACACUAUUGGUAGUUGUCAAAGACUAGCCUUCACAGUUUGUGUAUCAUAAAAUAUGCA